AUGGCAAAGAAACCUACAAUUCUCAUUACAGGUUGUAGUGAUGGAAGUAUCGGGCAUUCUCUCGCUCUCGAAUUUGUUCGUCAAAACUACCAUGUUUUCGCCAGCUCUCGUCGACUCAGUACAAUGAAAUCUCUUGAGAAAGAUCCUGAUAUUACCUUGAUUGAACUCGAUGUAACAUCGCCUUCCUCAAUCCAAGCAGCCUGCGAAAGAAUGUCUGCGGCCACAGGUGGAACUCUUGAUAUCCUCUACCAGAAUGCCGGAGUACGAACAAUAACCCUCGCCAUGCAUUUUGAGAUCACUAGAGUCUUUAUGCCGCUUUUAAUGAAAGCUGGCCCUGGAAGUAGGAUUGCAUUCUCUAGCAGUCUGGCUGGGCAUAUGCCAAUCCCAACCCAAUCACUCUAUAAUGCAUCAAAAGCCGCUCUACACUCGUAUAUAUCGAUUUUGGAGCUUGAACUUAAGCCUUUUGGAAUAUUCGUCAUCAAUGUGGCUUCAGGUACAGUUGGUACCGCCAUGUUGACUCGGAAUCAGAUGGACAUAUUACCAGAAGACUCUCCCUAUAAAUUAAUCGAAUCCGAUCUUAACGAAGCUUGA